AUGGAAUACUUUCGCAUAAAAACUGAAGAUGCCACUCUUGUCAAGACGUUGAAAAACAAGCUUGAAUCGACUUCCAACCUUAAUAAAUCUUUGAAGAUUGCAAAGUCUAAUGGUGUUUUCCAGAUUCAUACAACGUUAACAGAAAUUGAUGAACUCGAGCCAAUUGUUUCCCAAUACGAAUCCAAAGUAAUUUACGACACAUAUUUAGCAGAAACUGGGCUCAAUACUCCAACUACGUUAGUUUCAAUAGUAGAACAAUACUGUUCUUCUCAUACUAUACCUUUAACACAAGAUUUGAUCCAACUCAUACCGAAGAAAUGGUCAGUAUACCCACCAAUGAUACUUUUCGGAAGCAAUACUUUCGAUUCACAAAUAUGGCAAUCUCUUUUAUUAAGCAUAGACUCCAAUGACUUCUUCUUGUACAUACUUUCACUGUCUUUGUUUGCGUCCAAUCAUAGCAAGUUGACCCAUAUUGCCAUUAAUAAACCUAUCAUAGAAUCUGAUGUCAUGAGGAGGCCCUUUAAUAUCCGACCCAUAUUUGGGGACUUUGGUCCAUUACCCACGAAUUACGACAGUCCAGUAGAUACUGACUUUUCCAAUGCUUUCUGGUGUACAGUUGUUCAAAAUGGAAUUUAUCAGACCUGGGCACCUUAUUAUACAAUGUUCUCCAGAGGAAACAUCAAAGAGAAAGCAAGAAUUCUCGAUACUUAUACAGACAUAAAGAAUAAUGUAGUGGUUGACUUAUACUGUGGAAUAGGGUAUUUCUCGCUUUCAUACUUAAAGAGAGGUGCCAAACAGCUAUUUUGUUGGGACUUGAAUCCGUGGUCCAUAGAAGGAUUCAGAAGAGCCAUUAAUGGGAAGUACCUUUAUAAGAUCUUUAGAAGAGAAGAUAACUUUGACUAUCAGAUAUACAAAGAGGCGACCGAGGAUGGUACUCAGGUGUUUAUAUUCCAAGAAAGUAACGAACAUUGUCUUGAAAGAUUGACAACGUUCCCAAAGAACAGUUUGCCUAUCGCUCACAUAAAUUUGGGUUUAUUGCCCAGUUCACAAAACUCGUGGAGAAUUACGCAGAAGUUGAAAGACGAUCAUUCGAGUCAAUACAUUUCAACUUUUGUUCACAUUCACGAGAAUGUUCACGUAGCUGAAUUCGACACUUUCAAGUCUCUAGUAUCAGACAGAUUUCCAACCGCCUCAAUCGGGCAUUUAGAAACAGUGAAAACAUUUGCUCCUGAUGUUUGGCAUAUUGUCUUGGAUAUUAAAUUAUGA